UCUAGCGCCCGCAUUAUUAUAUUAAAGGCCAGGCGAAGGGACACUACUAUGUUACGAACGGUUAUCGUUUUGUCAGCAUUGUACACAGUCGUACAGUGUUCUGGAGUCAUACAUAAUCCAGGAAUCGUGCCUGUAGCUGCAGUUCCCGCGGUGCAGAAUGGACCUGUUGUCGCAGCGACUAGCUCACAAUAUUUCGAGAGAACCUUUAACCGUUUGGUAGCUCCUCCCGUACUAGAACCGGUUAUUCCUGUAGCGCCCUCGCCUCCGCCCGUAUUCAUCCAACCAAGCCCCAGCGCGGCCGUACCAGUCGCACCGGUCGAACCUACAGUUACUGCACCAAUUCAACCAAACGUCGCCAUAGCCGUAGCGACGGCUCAUGCUGCUGCUCCUGUCGCCACCAUACUUUUGCCACCAUACCCUUUCGGUCCUCCACCGACCAUCGGGUUUAUACCACCAUCACCACCUAUCAAUGUACCUGAUGAAGACAGAAAAGAAUCAACAACCGAACCGACCACAAGAACUGAAACUAAAACAACUGUAAGAACACCCGAGACUACAACACAGCUUCCAUCGAAUUCAGAUAACAAUUUUGUUCAAGCGCUACCUUCGAAUGAGAACGUGAACUUCAAACAGUAUUAUGCACCACCACAGUACCCUCAACCGCCUCCCCGACCGAAACCACAGAAGCUAAAGACAUCCGUCGAAGUUGUUCCAGUACCUUUACAAUAUAUAUCUCCACCACCAAUUAAACAGCCCACUCAUGCACCAAUUAUAAAACAUAUACACACGUACGUGCCAACCAAAAUUAUUGUCAGGUCAGUAUCGCCUUACAGGAUAAGGACAGUUAGAAGACCAGCUCGUAUAGUGAUGUACCGAGCACCAGUAAGCGCCAAAUUAGGCGUUCCUCAAUUUCCUCAAAAUAACGGAAGGCCCGUUACACGAGAUAUUGAACCCACCACUUUCAGACCAUUUAUAAGGCCCACUACGAAGCCUCCUCGAGUAUGACAGUAGUAUUAGUAUCAGCAGUAUUAUUAAUUUACACUAGUUAAUUUUGUGCACUUGUAAAUAUUAUGU